AUGUACCCGGCCCGGGGGCGGAGUUCAUGGCGUCUGAACGAAUCCCUCAUAGAUAACGUAGACACGGCCACCAAAAUACGCAUAAAUAUACAAACGUUCUCUGAGAAUCACCAGACAGAUCCUUCACGCAUAGACACCAAAUGGUUGGCCCUCAAAGCUGUACUAAGAGGCCUUUUAAUCCAAGCAGGGUCGAUAAACAAACGGAAGGCUCACAACGAGACAGACGAAUUGCUCUCAUUACUUAACACACUAGAUAAGGCCAACAAACUAAGACCAACUAGAACACUGUCCCAACAGAUUGAAAAGACAAGAGAAAAGCUACACGCACUGUCUCUAACCAAUAUGGAAAGGCAGCUACGUAAACUAAAACUAACAUACUAUAUGCAAGGGAAUAAGGCGGGCAAAGUGCUUGCACAACGCCUAAAAUCCCGAUAUAUACAAUCAAAACUCCCAUACAUGACAACUGCCACAGUAACAAAAUGAUUUAACCCACAGGACAUAGUGGACGAACUGGCGAACUUCUACAAAGGUCUAUACAACCUCACACAAGACAAAUCACUGCACCAACCAUUAGAGACAGAAAUAGACACCUUUCUGAGUGCAGCGAAAUUGCCACGUCUGACUGCACACCAAAGCUCGACACUGACAGCUAAAUUCACAGAAGACGAAGUACGAAACACAGUACUCAAACUACCCAAACACAAAGCCCCGAGCCCGGAUGGGUUCCCUAACCGCUUCUACCACACAUUUGAAGCACAGCUCACACCAUACCUCACAGAUCUUUUCAACUUCUUUAGGGAAUCAGGAUCCAUACCGGAUGAGAUGUUGCUAGCCCAUAUUGUUACGCUCCCUAAGCCAG